AUGCGCUGCAUUGUCUAUGGUGGAACCAAGAAUCCCCUGAAAGAAUUGACACGAAAUCCACCAAGAGCAGGACGAAGAGGAAGAGUGUUGGUGAAAGUCCAUGCAGUAGGUCUCAAUCCUGUUGAUGCCAAGGAUGUCAUGGGUGACAAACUACCCCAUUCAUGGACUUGGGCCCGUAGCAGCGUACAAUCCAUGUUGAAGAAUCGAAUUGUGGGCUUUGAUUUUGCAGGGACUGUGGCAGAAGACCAUUCCGUCCAAUUUCGACGCGGCGACAAGGUCUUUGGGAAUAUGCCACCACUCGAGGGGACUUUGGCCGAAUACAUUUCCGUUCCCUUGGAUCAGAUCUGUCACACGCCCACCACCAAAACCUUUGUCGAAGCAGCCGCACUGCCACUGGUGGGAUUGACAGCAUUGCAGAGUUUGUCUCCCUAUGUUGUUACCAACGAUACCAGUGUCUUGGUAUUGGGUGCCAGUGGUGGAACGGGGCAUGUGGCGGUGCAAGUAGCUCGCCAUGGGUUGGGUGCUGCCCAUGUCACGGCCGUCUGCAGUGGUCGCAAUGCCGACUUUUGCCGGGACCAAUGCGGAGCGACACAUGUGGUGGACUACACAUUGGAUCAUGGCAGUCAAGAUACUCUCUAUCGCAAUUUGCAACAAGCUCCGGGAUACCCCUUUCAUGUCGUGCUCGAUUGUGUCACCAGUGCCGAUCCAGCGGACCGACAAGUCGACUAUCCCUCGUUGAUUCGACAAAAGAACAGGGCAACGACGAAUGCCAAAGCAACCUUGUUGGUUCCCGACUACAAAUAUUUACGGCUGGGUGGUCCCACUCCAGAUUGGGUACGGGCAGGGGUGGAACGCGUUUGCUUUGGUUUGGAUUGCUGGCCCGACAAGCAUGAAAAGCUCUUUUGGAUUCGUUUCCCCAAGUCAUCCCAUGAGCUGCAACAACUCCGGGAAUGGGCUUCCGAGGGCAAACUGAUGGUGCAAGUGGCCGAAACAGUGCCCUUUACGGCGCAAGCAGUGCAAGCUGCCUUUGAUCGCAUCCUGGAACGGCGGGUACAAGGAAAGAUUGUAGUGGAGAUUGUCCCGCAAGAACAAGCCCAAUCAGCGGCAACAGAUGUGCUGUCACCAAGUGGUGUGGUUUCAUGA